UAGAGAGUCAAUUUAACUCUUGUUGAAGCUCAGAGAGAGAGAGAGAGAGAGAGAGAGAGAUGAGUGCCUCUUUAACGAUCGCUGGUUUGGCAUCACUUGCGGCCCGGCGAGAUGCCCAGAGGAGACGGGUGUGUCGGCUCUACAGGAAGGCGCUCCACCAUACCCUUGAUUGGGUCAUAUUCCGGGAGCCCUUCUACAAGGAGGCAUCUAAGCUGAGAGCCAGAUUCGAUGUCAACAAGGAUGUGGUAGAUGUGGAUGCAAUAGAGAGGCUCAUUGUCAAGGGAGAGGCCGAGUUCAAGAAGUUCCAGCAUCCAGAGCCAUACGCAGUUCCUUGGUCCCCUGAAGGCGUAACGUAUGCAAGAAACCCACCUCUCCCAGCCGAGGUUGUGGUUGUAAAAGAUUGGGGGAGGGAAGACUGGAGCACUCACUAGAGGGCCUUUUUUGAGAAUAAGUUUAGUCUUCUCUCCACCGGAACGAGCAGUUUGGAUUGCAGCACCUGUAAAAGGCUGUGCUUGGCUCGUCCGCCGAUCUGAUCUGGACCAGCAUAAAGUAGGCAUGCCCAUAGUUGCACUUGGCACAGGUAACUGUCCAGCCCCACGGUUGUAAGAAGCUCAGAGCUCAUUCACACACACAUACCUGGUGUGCGAUCGCAAUUCUUCCAUGCGUCUUCUCCCCC